AACUAACUACGAAGAGGUUAAGGUUGAGGUUGAGGUUGAGGUUGAGGUUGUGCUCUCACAUGAGUGAUCAUAUUAUGGUAGAGGCAGAGAUUGAUCGCUUGCCCAUUGACUUGUUGGCUCAUAUUUUUGUUCUCUUCGAUUCCUUCACUGAUUUGGCACAGGCGAGCAGGGUUUGCAAGAAAUGGAAACAAGGGGUGAUGGAAUCUCUGGCUCAGAGACAGAAUCUUAGCUUUGCUGGUUGGAAGAUGGAUGAUGACUCCACCACUCGCCUGGUUUGUCAUGCCUACAACCUCACUAAACUGGAUAUACCGAGGAGCCGUUGGAGUUGCCAAAUAACUGAUGCUGGACUUAUCAGAAUAUCUUUGGCAAAGUGUGUUAGCAAUCUCACAUCCAUAUCAUUGUGGGGUUUGACUGGCAUCACUGAUGAAGGUGUUGUUCAACUGGUAUCCAGAACUAGAUCUUUACAACAUCUAAAUGUUGGUGGUACAUUUAUCACAGAUGAAUCUCUGUUUUCCAUUGCAAGAAGUUGUCCAAAUUUGGAGACCAUUGUUCUGUGGAGCUGUCGUCAUGUAACUGAGAGUGGGCUUUUUGCCCUGGUUGAUAAAUGCCUCAAGCUCAAAUCAAUGAAUGUAUGGGGAACAAGAGUUCCUGAGGAUUGCCUUAACAAUUUACGUAUUAUAAGUCCAGCUCUUCAGUUAAAAGAUCAGAACUAGACCGCAUCUAUAGAAUGGCGUUCAAGGUGCUGAUAACGGUGGUAAUUUCACUGUUUUUAUUGUACAGAUUGUUUCCUUCUUGUAUUCUUAAAUUUAACUUACCUGAAAAGCUGAAUAUGCCAAAACUUCAUUCUUGUAUAGGAAA